UUCACAGUCACGUGAUCUGAUUUAGAAGAAGCAGCGGCUGCAGAAAUUGGUUAAUUUCAUCGCCAGACUACCGUCUAGUAAAAAGGCUGUUGAUAUCGUUUGCGUCUGUUGAUUUCAACAACAUAAACAGGAGAACGACGAACCGCGCGCUCAUUCAUCAGUCAGAGAUCCAAGACCCGCGGAAAAGCAUCGAAGCAUCUGUAGAGCAUCGCGCGCAGGGAAGCAGGAUCUUACAAUCUGUGUGCUUGACUCCAUUCAGUCGCAACACAGUUUACACUGGCACCUUCAUUGACUGGACUUACUCUGGACAUGGCUGGUUAUCUGAAUCCUUCGAGUGAGACUUGAGAAUGAUUCUUCGCGCUCGCUUUUUGAUGGAUUGUGCAACGUGGAGCGAUAAACUUUAACCGGCGGUCGGCUCGUACCAGAGAUGCGUGUAGAUGUGCUCUGAAUGGCAGGCGUACUUUAAGCAACUCUCUGCGUGUGCAUGUGGCGGCUGAAGCAGCUCUCCUGGACGCCAGAGCUUGACGGAUGAGACGAACUCGUGGCUGGGACUACACCGCGCGUUGUGAUGCUUCUUCUUUACUCUCUGUCUGAUGUCAAUUUGGAUUUCUAUAGUCAAAUCUGCGCGUUUCUAGAAUGGCUCGCUUCGAAGACGAUCUCCCGACCCGGUAUGGAGGCGGCGGUGGUGGCUCUCCAGCGGGGCCAGGCAGAGGGGCCACCCGGCAACCAGGCCCCCCGGGCGGACCGAGAGUGUACAAGCAAACAAUGGCCCAAAGAGCCAGGACAAUGGCUAUAUACAACCCGAUACCGGUCAAACAGAACUGCCUUACUGUCAACCGGUCCCUGUUCAUCUUCAGCGAAGAUAAUAUCAUUCGGAAAUAUGCAAAGAAAAUAACAGAGUGGCCUCCAUUUGAGUACAUGAUUCUCGCCACAAUCAUAGCAAACUGCAUUGUGUUGGGCUUAGAACAGCAUUUACCAGCGUUAGACAAGACACCCAUGUCAAAACGGCUGGAUGACACUGAGCCCUACUUCAUCGGAAUAUUUUGCUUUGAGGCUGGGAUCAAGAUCAUCGCUCUAGGUUUUGCUUUUCAUAAAGGCUCCUACCUCCGCAAUGGCUGGAAUGUUAUGGAUUUUGUUGUCGUGUUGACGGGAAUUCUAACCAUAGUUGGGCCAGACUUUGAUUUACGGACACUCAGGGCAGUGAGAGUCUUGCGGCCACUCAAACUCGUGUCUGGGAUUCCUAGUCUCCAAGUAGUUCUGAAGUCCAUCAUGAAAGCGAUGGUUCCUUUGCUUCAGAUCGGCCUUCUGCUCUUCUUUGCCAUCCUUAUGUUUGCUAUCAUCGGUCUAGACUUUUACAUGGGCAAGUUUCACCGCACCUGCUUCAGAACAGAUACUGGGGAACAGGUGGAUGAAUUUCCAUGUGGGCUCGAGUCGCCAGCCUGGACGUGUGAAAACGGCACUGAAUGUAGGGAAUACUGGAUCGGCCCAAACUUCGGCAUUACUAACUUUGACAACAUCCUCUUCGCUGUGCUCACCGUCUUCCAGUGCAUCACUAUGGAAGGAUGGGUGGACAUCCUUUACAAUGCCAACGAUGCCUCAGGGAACACCUGGAACUGGCUCUACUUCAUCCCACUCAUCAUCAUCGGCUCCUUCUUCAUGCUCAACCUGGUUCUGGGUGUGCUGUCAGGGGAGUUUGCAAAGGAGCGAGAGCGUGUGGAGAAAAGACAGGAGUUCUUAAAGCUGCGCAGACAACAGCAGAUCGAAAGAGAGUUAACCGGAUACCUGGAGUGGAUCUGCAAGGCAGAGGAAGUAAUGCUUGCUGAAGAAGAUAAAAAUGCAGAGGACAAGGAUGAUGUUGCCUGGUACAAGAGGAAAUGCAACAACCCAGGUGGUUUUACUCGCUCACUUGGAGCAGACUUUGGGUUGCCAGUUUUGAAGCGGGCCAAGAAGAGCAAAAAUGACCUCAUCAAUGCAGAGGAAGGAGAAGAUCACUUUACUGACAUCUCUUCAGUUGCUCCCCAAGGCUCUCCAUUCACCCGCACAAGUGUGAAGAGCAGCAAGAUUGAGAGCUUGUCGUACUUUCGCAGAAAAGAAAAGAGGUUUCGCUUCUUCAUCCGCCGCAUGGUGAAGGCUCAGAGUUUCUACUGGACUGUUCUGUGUAUAGUGGGACUGAACACACUGUGUGUGGCCAUAGUCCACUACGACCAGCCCGAAUGGCUCACAUAUGCACUGUAUUUGGCGGAGUUUGUGUUCCUUGGUCUGUUCCUAAUAGAGAUGAGUCUGAAGAUGUAUGGCCUCGGGCCCAGGACUUACUUUCACUCUUCAUUUAACUGCUUUGACUUUGGGGUGAUUGUGGGGAGCAUUUUCGAGGUGAUCUGGGCUGCAGUAAAGCCAGGAGCUUCCUUUGGCAUUAGUGUGUUGCGAGCUCUUCGUUUGCUAAGAAUAUUCAAGGUUACCAAGUAUUGGAACUCAUUGAGGAAUCUGGUAGUGUCUCUGCUCAACUCAAUGAAGUCCAUCAUUAGUCUCCUGUUUCUGCUGUUCCUCUUCAUCGUGGUGUUUGCUCUGUUGGGAAUGCAGCUCUUUGGGGGACAGUUUAAUUUUGAAGACGAGACCCCGACAACCAACUUUGACACAUUCCCAGCUGCUAUCUUGACAGUGUUUCAGAUUUUGACUGGAGAGGACUGGAACGCUGUGAUGUAUCAUGGGAUUGAAUCGCAGGGCGGAGUGCACCGGGGAAUGUUCUGCUCCGUGUACUUCAUCGUGCUCACGCUGUUUGGAAACUACACUCUCCUCAAUGUCUUUUUGGCCAUCGCUGUUGAUAACCUUGCCAAUGCACAAGAACUCACCAAGGAUGAGGAGGAGCAAGAGGAGGCUAUCAGUAAGAAACUGGCUCUACAGAAAGCCAAGGAGGUAAAGGAGGUCAGCCCCAUGUCGGCAGCUAACAUUUCCAUCACAGCUUUUAUAAGGCCAAACCCUGGUGCUCUUUCAUGCAGCUCCUCCAACUCCAGCUCUCAUUCACCUAAAGAACAGCAGCGUUCUCUAAAAAUGAUGUCCGUGUGGGAGCAGCGCACCACUCAGAUCCGAAAGCACAUGCUAGCCAGCAGUGAGGCGUUGUACCAAGAAGAGCUCAAUCCACGGCUCAUGUCUAACCUUCCUCUACGCACCGACAUAAAAACCCACCUGGACCGGCCUUUGGUUGUGGAGCCUCGCUGUGAUGGCCCCAUCAGCCCACACAGUGGCUGGGACAAACCCCAGGAUUUGCAAGGCGAGGGCAGCACACCAGAAGAACGAGUCCCACCUGUAUUCGAGCCUCCACAGUCACAUCCACCACGCAAGCACCACCGUCACAGAGAGCGUCUUUCUAAUGAGACCAAUGAAAAUGGAGACACGGGUCAUGCCAAAGAAGGCCGGCAUCACGUUCAUCACAGCCGAAGUAAAGAGCAUGAUGGGACACGUUGUAAGGAGGGGAAGGGUGACAGGAGCCGAAGCAGAGAAGGGGGACGUAGACAUCACCAUCAGAGCUCGGUGGAUGAGGGCGUAGGAGGUGGAGAGAGGGAACAUCGGCACCAUCACUCCCAUAGGCAUAACAGAGAGGGCAAUGGUGUGGUCAGUGCUGGGGGGAAGAGUGAACGGCGGUCCAGGCAGAAAGAGGGCUCACGAUCAGGGACAAGAGAGGGAGAGAGAUGCUCAAGGGGGGAGAAUGGAGGAAAUGGAGGGAGGAGGCGACACAGGCCACGAACCAGUAAAGCUCAGUCUACGCUGGAAGGAGAGGAGCAACAUGUGAAUGGAGAGGAGGAGGGCAAGUCGCAAAGCCAUAGGCACAUGGAUAUGGGAGGAGAUUCAAUGGCUGUAAACCCCCAUCAACCUUCAGUUGGAAGCCGGUGGUGUCUUGAGAAACCAGAAGAUUCGGACAACAAACGAAAUAUUGGUCAGACUGGAGGAAUGAGCACCCAUAUACCCGUGACUGUCACUUCUCCCCCGGGAGAAACAACCCUUAUUCCCAUGAACAGUAUAGACAGCGAGACAGUGCCCAUGACUGAGAAGAAUCUAGAAGAUCUAAAUCAAAGCAGCAUUCGUCCCAUCCUCCCCUUCAGCUCCAUGUUCAUUUUCAACCCAACUAAUCCGGUGAGACGUUUAUGCCACUACAUUGUGAGUCUGCGCUAUUUUGAGAUGUGUAUCCUGGUGGUCAUUGCCAUGAGCAGUAUAGCCCUGGCUGCAGAAGACCCGGUCCAAGCCAAUGCACCUCGGAACAAUGUCCUGAAGUAUUUGGACUAUGUCUUCACUGGUGUUUUCACAUUCGAGAUGGUCAUUAAGAUGGUGGAUUUAGGUUUAAUUCUGCAUCCUGGUUCCUACUUUCGAGAUCUAUGGAAUAUUUUGGACUUCAUUGUGGUCAGUGGUGCACUGGUGGCAUUCGCAUUCUCGAGCUUCAUGGGAUCACAUCAAAGCGUAAACAGAGGAACCAAGGGCAAAGACAUCAGCACUAUCAAGUCACUGAGGGUGUUGCGAGUCUUGCGACCUCUGAAGACCAUCAAACGUCUACCAAAACUGAAGGCCGUGUUUGAUUGUGUGGUGAACUCCCUGAAGAAUGUCCUGAAUAUCCUCAUUGUCUACAUUCUGUUCAUGUUCAUUUUCGCUGUCAUUGCUGUGCAGCUCUUCAAGGGCAAGUUUUUUUACUGCACAGACGAGUCCAAGGGCCUGGAGAAAGACUGCAGGGGGCUGUUUUUGGAUUAUGAUAAGGAUGAUGUGACGGCACAACCGAGGGAAUGGAAGAAAUACGAGUUUCACUAUGACAAUGUGCUUUGGGCUUUUCUCACUCUCUUCACUGUUUCUACGGGAGAGGGCUGGCCUACGGUUUUGAAGCACUCCGUGGAUGCCACUUUUGAGGAUCAGGGUCCCAGUCCAGGCUACCGCAUUGAGAUGUCUAUUUUUUACGUGGUCUACUUUGUGGUUUUCCCUUUCUUCUUCGUCAACAUUUUUGUAGCCUUGAUAAUCAUCACAUUCCAGGAACAGGGUGAUAAGGUCUUGUCAGAGUGCAGUCUGGAGAAGAAUGAGAGAGCCUGCAUCGACUUUGCUAUCAAUGCCAAACCUCUGACACGCUACAUGCCGCAGAACCAGCAGUCCUUUCAGUACCGCCUGUGGAAGUUUGUGGUCUCUCCGCCGUUUGAGUACUCCAUCAUGAUCAUGAUUGCUCUCAACACUGUGGUGCUCAUGAUGAAGUUCCAUGGGGCGCCUGACUUUUAUGAGGCAAUGCUUAAGUAUCUCAACAUUGUCUUCACUGUUCUCUUUUCACUGGAGUGUAUUCUCAAGAUUAUUGCUUUCGGCCCCUUGAAUUACCUGAAAGAUGCCUGGAAUGUGUUUGACUUUGUGACUGUGCUGGGCAGCAUCACUGACAUUUUAGUCACUGAGAUUAACACAACGGAGCGUCAGCUGAACUUCAGUUUCCUGAGGCUCUUUAGAGCAGCCCGACUCAUCAAGCUCCUCCGGCAGGGAUACACCAUUCGCAUCCUGCUCUGGACAUUUGUCCAGUCUUUUAAGGCACUGCCUUAUGUUUGCCUUCUAAUCGCCAUGCUGUUUUUCAUCUACGCCAUUAUUGGGAUGCAGGUGUUUGGAAACAUUGAUUUGAAUGAUGACACGGCAAUCAACCGUCACAACAACUUCCGCACUUUCCUCCAAGCUCUUAUGCUUUUGUUCAGGAGUGCCACUGGCGAGGCUUGGCAUGAUAUCAUGCUGUCGUGUCUGAGCGAGCGCACCUGUGAUCCGAGCUCAGGCACCCUUGGAAAGGAGUGUGGGAGUGACUUUGCCUACUUCUACUUUGUCUCCUUCAUUUUCCUCUGCUCAUUUCUGAUGUUGAACCUGUUUGUGGCCGUCAUUAUGGACAACUUUGAAUAUCUGACACGCGACUCCUCCAUCCUGGGCCCUCACCACCUGGAUGAGUUUAUUCGAGUGUGGGCGGAGUAUGACCCAGCCGCAUGUGGCCGUAUCAAGUACCUCGAUAUGUAUGAGAUGCUGCUCCACAUGUCCCCACCUUUAGGUUUGGGAAAGAAAUGUCCUCCACGAAUCGCCUACAAGCGUCUGGUGAAAAUGAACAUGCCCAUUGCGGAUGACAACAGUGUACACUUUACCUCAACGCUGAUGGCUCUGAUCCGUACUGCCCUGGAGAUCAAACUGGCUUCAGGCAUGGUGGCUCAGCGUCUGUCAGAUGCUGAACUGAAGAAGGAGCUCUCUACAGUUUGGCCAAACCUGUCUCAGAAGACCAUGGACCUGCUGGUCACUCCACAUAAACCUAAUGAGCUCACAGUGGGGAAGGUGUAUGCAGCUCUUAUGAUCUUUGACUAUUACAAGCAGAACAGAGCAAAAAGACUUCAGAUGCAGCAACAGCAGCUGAAAGAACAGGCAGGACCUGGAUCUCAGAAUAAAGUCAGCGCUCUCUUAGAGCCCAUUCUCCCACUAACCCACAUGCAAGAUCAGCCAGUGAACGGUGUCGAUUCAGCUUCAGAGUGUCAAGCUCAGACCAGACCCAGCUCCACCACACUCAACAAUGGACGCACAACUCUUGACAACACAAUAAAAGGGUCUUCAUCCUGGGCCUCAGAGAAAUCCAAGGAAGUCCAAAAGUCUAAACGGAGACCAAUGUCUAGAGGUCAAUCUGAGGAUGCCUCAAAUGCAAACACUGCCCAGGAGUCAGUAGAAAUGAGAAAGAUGGAGAACAGUGCCAACACAGUGACCUCUGGUGGCCUUGAGGGCCAAGGACGUGCAGCGUCCAUGCCAAAACUCAAUGCUGAGAUGCAGAGGAGUCAUUCCCGUCAAUCUCCUGGAACAUUACUGGAACCCAUUCCAGAUUCCCCCAUGAGGCGCUCUGCAUCCACUUUUGCACCACAGCGCCCUCACGAGGUGAAUCUGAAUGACUACAUUCUGGAGAAACCUGUUCAGGAACGCCAUCACCACCAUCACCAUCAUCACCGAUGCCAUCAUCGCCGGGACAGAGACAAGAAACAGAGAUCUCUGGACAGGUCGCCUACUGGCCAUCACAAAACUACAGGCACAGCCACUGACUCUGUAGAGGAGAGGGCACAUGACCGGGGUCGUUCCCAUGAGAGGAAGCACCAUUCAUCUUCAGGAGAGAAGCAGCGGUAUUACUCGUGUGAUCGCUAUGCCAGUCGGGAACACUGUUCCAGCAAAUCUGCCGUGGCAAGCUGUGCCACCUCACCCAGCGAGACCCAGGAGGCCAAUCUUAACAAGCAGGGCAGUGGGUGGGCUAAGGGGAGCCCGGUGUUGUUGACUUCAGGGGCGAGCACUCCAAGCCGCGGGCGCAGACAGCUGCCCCAGACCCCCCUCACUCCUCGUCCCUCCGUGGCCUACAGGACUGCCAACUCUUCCCCUGUGCAACUUCUGGCCACAACGACCAGCUUGCUUCCCCCGAGUCCCGGCAGGCUGAGCCGUGGUCUGUCCGAGCACAACGCUCUUUUACUCAGCGGCUCUAUCUCCAGCUCGCCGGCCCCCGUCAGUCGCAUUAACUCAGAACCCUUCUUGGGGCCCCCGGACCACCCUGCUGGCUUGCAGCCCGAAGCCUUCGCUGUCUUCCAAGAGAAUCCGAGCCCUCAGAUGGGCCGUUCUCCUCAGACUGUAGGGAUGCCCUUCGUGGCGAUCCCCCCACCUCCCCCACAGCAGUUUCGCAGGGUCCCCAACGGGUACCACUUCUCCACGGGCCCCAGCGCCAGCAGAGGACGGGCACAGCAGUACUACCCAGAGGCAGAGGUGGAGGACUGGUGCUAGCAUGGCUUUAAUUUGAUUGAUUGAUGUUUUCCUUUUCUAAUCAUGAUGAGUUUUAUCAUCUCUUAUUUUGCGGGUGGUGUUAAAUGCAGUAAUACAUGUAUUUGUUUUAAAAUGUCAAGGUGAUGAAACCUAUACUUGUACUUUUGGCUUAGAAAGCAACAGACGUGAGAUCUGUGGGUGUGAUCGCUUUACAAACACACAAGAUCAACAGUUGAUGUGAAAACACUAGUCUUUGCCUUUCUACAGGCAAUAGAUGCCAAAUCGUGCUUGCGUAUCCUGGUAAAAGAGUGACCCACUGCUACAAAUGUAGACCGCAAUGGGCAUCUGGCCAGUUUCCUUUAAUGCCAGCCUCUGAGAUGCACUCCAAAUGCAAAUAUGCCCCUGGUAAUGUUAUCUUGGCAUUCGAAAUGUAUCUUUUAUGGAGCAAAGUCUCAGUUGGAAGUGUAAGCAACGAAACGCACAAUAGCUGCGCCCCCUAAGAGAAUUACACAUUAUUUCACACUGUUGUUAAGCAGAUUGUUCAGUAUGCUGCUGAUGACCAUUCCUUGCACUUGUAUAUAACUAUGUGCAGAACCUUUGACAACCAUAAUGUAGUUUGUUUUGUAUGAAAUUGUUGUAGAUAUUUUAUCUAUUCAUUAUGUGCUUUUUUGUAUUGCAAAAACAAAAGGUUUUACGUAAGAAAACAAUGCUUACAGCUUCACCAUACUGUCAGGUCUACAGAUUUUUCUCGACUGCUCCAGAUGUUAUUUACAAAGUGCCUAACCUUUUGAAUAUAUUGUAGUAGGGAUGCAACCUCAGCCUUUUUUAGUGCAUCAACACUUAAGAGAGUGAACUGAACAAGGGGUAAAAGGAACUACAAGGUGAUCGCAGGCCUUAACUCAGAAGCAAAGAUACAGUACCUUUGAAUUCACAUUAGGUUUUUUCGAAUGGAAAUGACAGUAUGAUUGUUUUGGUUUUUUAAUUCUCGUCUCCUUUUUUGUACGAUUUUAGUACUGAAUGGAAUAUUGAAAAUUCCAUUACCAAUAUAUUAGUGAACAAAACUGCAGUAGUUGUGUAUUUGUCCUGACGGGGACUUUAUAACCAGUUAUAAAAUUGCAUGUAAAAAAAAAAAAAAGUCUUCAAGCAUUGAUUGACCAUGGUUACAGAACCGAUAUUUAUGGUGUGUAUCUCCUGUCCUGAUGAAGAUGCUCAAACUGCAUUGCUAUUUGCCUUCUCUGUUUGAUCUUUUACGGUUAGAUGGACUGAGAGCUGUCACAAAGCAGUGUGUUUCGCUCGUGUAGCAGCUUUCCCAGUGUGAGCGCGUGUUGUGUUGCGUCGAGUCGGGGUCCUGGCACCGAUACAGUAGGCUGAUCUGUGUUAAGGUUAAACUUUCCCCCUCAUGGCACUCCUCCAAACACCCCCAGACACACAUACACACUCACCGCUUUCAUUCUGCCGCCGUUCCCCAGCUGCUGGCCGUAUAGAAAUAUGGUCGGCUCCUUUUUAUCACGCUGGUAACAUGAGAGGAAUAUUUAGCCACCUGAAUGCAGAGGGUGUGGCGGUCUGAAAACACACACACACACACACACACACACACACACACACACACACACACACACACACACACACACACACACACAAAGCCUCUAUUGGGACACUGUGCGGUCCAGGAUCACUUCAAGAGCAUCUGCAUUAACAUCACAUGAAUGUGUUGGAGAAGUGUUUGGCUAAUCAGGUGAUUCUUGGCCACAGAUGUGUCAGGACUUUGCAGACAGUGAAUGUUCUUUCUUUUUUCAUUGUUUUUUUUUUUUUUUUUUAAACAUAUAUUUUCUUUACGUAGGGCUAUGCAACGAGAUGACACUUUGAAAAAUAUACUUCAUUCAUUUUGUAGCUUUACCUGCUGGGAUACCCAGAUUCAGGCUUUAGCAUGAUAGUGACCAAAUCUUUCUUUCUUUUCUUUUUUAUAAUAAAAACAUCAAAAAAUGUAUGAAAAACUAUAUUUUAGAAUGCAUAAUGGCACAAUGAUUUAAAAAGCAGAAAUCAGCAAAAAAAAAAAAAA